UUCAUUCUCUGAUUAACACCGUAGCCAGAGCCAGAUCAAUCAAAUUCAACUACCAGAGUAGACAAACACAGAGAAAGAAAAUGAAGCCUUCUUCCCUCUCUUCAGUUCCCUUUUUCUUCCUCAUCAUCAUCCUCUUCGCUUCCGUUCAAAUUCAAGCACAGCAAACAGAUUCCUGCACCUCCAAUCUAAACCUCAAAGAUCUCCCCUUCGAUUCUACCUCACUCCAAUGCCUCUCUGUUUGGAACAAUCAAGGAUUCGUCCUUCGAUACGCACAAACUUCACCGAAUCUAUGGAGCUUCGUUCUGUCCGCUCCGGAUCCGGGUUCGUACAUCGCAAUGGGGUUCUCAGCCGACGGGUUGAUGGUAGGGUCCAGCGCUAUCGUGGGUUGGAUCUCAUCGGACGGCGGAGGAGGUACCGUGAAGCAGUAUUUCCUCGGAGGAAAAAAACAGAAUCUAGUGGUGCCUGACCAGGGGAAUCUGCAAGUUGUUAACAAUUCUACGAGGAUAUUAUCCCAAGCGUCGCGGAUGUAUUUGGUUUUCCAGCUGAGAGCCAACCAACCGUCGUCAAGGGUGUUGUAUGCCGUUGGGCCGGCCGGAUUUCUGCCGUCAGCGCCGAGCUUUGAGUUGUCGGAGCACCGGGACAAGGUCUCCACUUCCGUCAAUUACGUAACCGGUGAAAGUGCAUCAGAAAGGCAAUAUACAAGCUUAAGAAAGGGCCAUGGGAUGCUGAAUAUGGUGGGAUGGGGGAUAUUGAUGGUAAUUGGAGUAAUAGUAAGUCGGUUUUUGAAGAAAUGGGAUCCCAUCUGGUAUUAUUCCCAUGCAACCAUUCAGUCUCUGGGAUUCAUGCUUGGAUUCAUUGGUAUUCUGCUUGGACUCCUUUUGGAAAAUCGCCUUAGUGUCGAUGUCUCCACCCACAAAGGUAUUGGGAUCUUCAUUCUUGUCCUCGUCUGCCUUCAGGUAACGUCAAUUUUGGCUCGCCCCAAAAAGGAGGUAAAAAUGAGAAAAUAUUGGAAUUGGUACCAUCAUAAUGUAGGGAGAACAUUGAUCAUAUUUGCAAUUGCAAAUGUUUUCUACGGGAUACAUUUGGGUGAAAAAGGAAGUGGAUGGAAGGCUGGUUAUGGGGUUGUUAUCGCUAUGUUACUUGUAAUUGCUGCUAUCUUGGAGAUCAAAAUGUGGAUCAACUAAUGAAAAAUUCCUUUUUGUUGUUGUUGUUGUUGUUGCCGCCUAGAAUCAUAAUGAUGCUUUUAGUUUUUGGUGUAUUACUACUCCCAAGUAUCGUCAUUUGGGAUAAC